AUGUCUGUUGCAACACUUCCCACAGAGCUCGUAUGUGACAUCUGCAGCUAUCUGAAGCUGCGCGACUGGAUUGCGUUUCGAUCCACCUGCCUUGCAGUGUACACGAAGUCGCUGGAUGCUUUCGCGGACCGGUAUUGCAAGAGUGUCGGCUUGAUCCUCACCAGUCACAGUCUUCGUCGAUUGGAAGAGCUUGCCGCAAACGAUAACUUCCGAGCACGAUUUCAAGAGUUAUGGGUUGUACCAUCCUUGUUCGGGGGCUUUUAUAAGAUGGAUAUUCAUGCCUUCAAGUCCUGCACCACUUCACAUAGAGACAGGCCGCCUAAGACUGUCGCCCAGAUCAAUGCUCAGUACACUGCAUAUCAGGCCUUAGUGGCAGAUCAUCUCAACAUCGUCAAAUCCGAUACUCUUAACAACGUCCUCAAAGAAUGCGUGGCACGCUUUGAGAACCUCACUGUCAUUAGAAUGCAACUUAAGGACUCUGACUUUUUCCGUAAUUCAAAUCCAAUUGCAAAGGCUGAUGUCCGGUUCCUCGGCUGGCGCGGGUUAGAACGCCAGCUUGGAUUCAAGCCAUUCGGAUUGAACGCCAGAAAACCCAUACACAACCUCUGGAAGAGCAGGGCUAAGGACCAUGCUGUAGCUUUUUCGGCUCUCCUAGAGGCAGCGGUUGCCUCGAACAGGAAACUCAAGAAGUUAGACAUAUGCAACGAUGACCAUUGUGCUCUGCCACCUUCAGAUCUUACACUGAAACUCACUCACAAAUCGCUGUUUUCCUCCUUGGAAGGACUAGAACAUCUGCACCUCUGCAUUUGCGUCUGGGAAGUACAAGCAGAUGAUUCUACACUCCGAUAUCUCAUCGAUAUCCCUAUAAUGGUUGCACCAAGUCUCAAGGUCCUAACAUUCUCACAAUGGGACCGGAACGGUGCAAUGAGCCCUCACUAUUUCAUCGACCUCUCCCAGCGUAUCAACUUUACCCAGCUAGUGGAACUUAAUCUUUAUUGGACUGAAAUCACCUAUGAUACCUUCAAGGCAUUUUUGCGCACCACAAUGCCAACUUUGAGGACUCUUUCCCUGCAGUCCUUGAAUUUGAGGGGUGCAGCCCCAAUGGACACCGACACUAGCCAUAACCUGUCAAAAUGGGACUCUCCAGAGAUAAAUAAGGAGAGCAACGCUGCUUGGCGAAAGAUUUGGGGUUUUCUCGGAGACAGAUUCUCGCUACGGUCUGUUUCCUUGCAACAACUCGGUUAUCGAGGCCACCGUCUGCAUUUGCGCGAUAAUUUGAGCAAGCUGAGUGGAUAUUCCGAGCCGAAUUCGAUAAUUGUUGGCUUCGACGCUGAGCGAGCUGGUGUUUCCUUUAAGGAAUGGGUCACUCAGCUACAGACAGAGCCACCGCAGGAACGGUGGAUACGUUAUGAUAGCUUGCCAGGGAAAGAUUAUACUCCCCAGAUGGUUUAA